GCUCUUGGCUUUGCUUUUGCUCUUGCUUCACAGUCCAGCGCUUUGAGUCCGAUGUUCAGAGAUAUUUGGUGUUUUGGGGAGAAUAUCAUAUGUAGCCAAGGAUAUGAUAUGUAAAAGCAUUGGGCAUAAUUAUUGUGAUAUCGGUAUCCUGUAAUAUCCAGAUCCAAUCACAAUUGGACAUUUGUUUCUGCUGGAGGUAAGUCUCCAGCUGAGGAGCUGCCCGCAGACCCACCAUGCCGGGCAAGGUCAAGGUACGGGUGCUGGCCGGACGGAACCUACCGGUCAUGGACCGAGCCAAUGACACGACCGACGCGUUCGUCGAAAUCCGGCUGGGCACGGUGACGCAGAAGACAGACGUGUGCCGACGGUCGCUGAACCCUCAGUGGAACUCGGACUGGUUUCGGUUCGAGGUGCAGGACGAUGCCGAGCUGCAGGACGAACCGCUUCAGAUCCGUGUAAUGGACCACGAUACGUACUCAGCCCACGACGCCAUAGGCAAGGUGUACCUGAGUCUCAGUCCGCUGCUGGCUCCCGAGCUCAUCAGCCGCGCCGACACGGCACCCGCCGGGUCCGCAGGUGGACCUUCCGUGAUCUCUGGCUGGAUUCCGAUCUACGAUACCCUGCACGGGAUCCGCGGAGAGGUCAAUGUCAUGGUCAAGGUGGACCUCUUCAGCGACUUCAACAAGUUCAGACACUCGUCGUGCGGUGUGCAGUACUUCUCCAGUCCGUGUGUGCCUGCCGGCCACUGCGUGCAGGCCAUGCUGGGCUUUGUGCACGAGCUGGUGGUGAACGAUGACCCCGAGUACCAGUGGAUUGACAAGAUCCGCACUCCCCGGGCGUCCAACGAGGCGCGACAGACGCUCUUCUCCAAACUCUCGGGCGAGGUGCAGCGCAGGAUCGGAGUGAAUGUCAUCGAGGCUGGAGGAAACGCCGUCAUUGGGUACCGUCAGUGUUUUGAUCUGGAGGGUGAGACGGGUAUCGUGGUGCGCGGGAUCGGCACAGCCGUCAGUCUGGUGCGGACUGAGGCGCGCCCCAGCAGUCCCAGUCCGCUCAGUCGCCAGCCGGGCAGCGGCCGUGACCGGGACAGCUCUGCGGUCGAGGGCUCCACCGCCGCGUCCGCCGGCCUCCGUCCCGUGCCGUCCGUACAGCUGAUGCCGGCAACUCCAGAACAGGAGCAGCCGCCGGCGACUCCGCCCUCACCGCGACCGUUCGCCGCGCCGGCGCCGGCCGCCUCGCGAGGCAUCCUAGCCGCCGCUCACCAGUUUGUGAAAGACAGACUGAGCUUCCGACGUCGCGGCUCGCGUCGCACCGGCGCGCGAGCUCUCAGUAGAGAGGCGUUUAGUACACCGAACUUCCAGCCGGUGAUCGAGGCUGCUGCGAGGUAUGAGAAGAAAUCGCGACCCGCCGGCCGUCGGCGGAGACUGACGUCGUCCUGUGAUGGCACUCCGCGCCGACUGGGCUCGCUAAACUCGGUGAGCGAGGCUGCUGGAAGCGCCGUGGAAGACGAUGACGAUGACGGUGACAGCGAGAAUCCCAGUGAGCCUGGUGAAGACACAUUUGAAGAUGGUGAUGAUGAUACUGGUGACGCUGAGGGUGAUGCCGCUGGUGAUGAUGUUGCUGAGAAUGGUGCUGAGAAUGGUGAUGCCGGUGGUGACGCCGAGCGCGAGCGGCCUGUCAUGGUGAUAAGCUCCUCGGAGGACACAGCCAGCGAGACGGGCGACGAGGCGGAGCGGCGCAGCACCGACAUCCCCAACUCCACGCUCCAGCUGGCCCUGGACAGUCUCAGCGCGCAUGACGUGGUGUAUAUUUCCAGCAUGAACAUGUUAGUAGAGGUAGCGUCUCUCUAUCCCAGCCUGAGCACCGAUAAUGCAUGCGAUGACAACGAGGAGCCAGUGCUAGAUCUGGAGAGUUUCUCACAGGACUACCUAGACAACCUGGAUAACCCGGUGCCAUACCCAGUCAAGUUCACCCUGUACCCUGAUAGUUCGGAUAGUCUUUCUAACGAUGAGAGUUCUGGUGUUUGUGCGCCUGUGAGUUUCUCCCUUUACCCUGACAGUGGUGAUAGUCUGGCCCGUUUAACUAACACGGAGGAUGACCGGUCCGGCGACGCGUGCCCCGCCCCUCAUCCGUCCCCAGUUCCUUCGGGAGGCCUCUCACCGUCCUUGUCCAAACCCGAGUCAGCCAGUGACCGGUCCUCAGGGACAAUGGUUGCCUCGCCAGCAGGCGACUCGACCCAUGAGGCUCUCCCAUCUAGCAUCAGUGGGAACGGAUCGACCCGCGGGGUUCUCCCAACCACCGUCAGUGAGCUCUUCCGGCAUUCUGGGAUCGUUUGUCGCAGUGGUGAUGUUCAAACGCUGCUGUCUGACGAGAACACCCCCGCUGCCCCUCGGCUCCCUCAGCGGGACAGUAGCGGCGAUAUAAUGUGGUGUCCGGACGACAGUCAGCCCGGCUCGGCUGCCGGUAGUUUGGAGGUUGUCUCUCAGUUGGACAGCUGUGAUGACCUCGCCUCACCGGCACCGGACGAGCCCGCGUCGACGACGUCGAGCGGUGGUGACGACUGUCUGAGACGGAGGGAUCUUUUCGGUCGUCUGACACCUCCACGCCGCGUUAUGCGACACGUCGUAUCGGCGCCAGAGGUGGUGAUCGGCGCUGGUGCGCGCACCGGCUUCGCUCCGGACCCGUCCCUGGCUUCUAUGAUGUCUGAGGACCCAGAACUAGCGGCCCUGGCCUCGCUGGAUUCGCUCCAAUCAGUCCACAGCGUAUCUGACGUGACGCUAGGCCUGGCUGAGGACGAUCCGCUGAAUUUACCGGGCGCGCCCGAGAUGGCCUCACUGCACAGUGUCUCCUCUGAACAGCUGCUUGCGCUGACUGGCCUACCUGCAGUAGCUGCGAAGGCCUUGUCGCCCACAGCGCGCUGGGAUGUCAGCUCUGACGAGGGCUCCUGCGAUCCCGGUCAGCUGGUCCGCUCUCCUGAGAUGGUGUCUCUGCUGGUGGAGUCCCCCACUCCCCCGGUGACUGCCCCCUCCCCGGACCGUCUAGUUCCCCCGCCGUCCCGUCCCUCCGGUCCCACUCCCGCCGCCUGUCCAUCUCCCUCCCCCUCCCCGCGCCUGUCCGGCCGGUCAUCCUCCUCUCGCGUGAGUGCGUGCGGCGCCCCGCGACAGCGCCGCUCGCCGUACCGGGCCGCGGGCACCGACCGGCGCGCUGAUGGCCCUCGUUCGUCUUGCAGCGACCCGUGUGGUAGUCCCCACCUUCCGCAGCCGCCCGCUGCCGCCAGUGCCGCCUCUGUCCCCGCCGCUGCCGGAGCGCCAGUUGGAGCGCCAGCCGCAGCGUCAGUGGGAGCGCCAGUUGGAGUCCCAGCCGCCCACACGACUUCGGUAGAGGGGAGUGAUUCCGGUGACAAGCUCAGCCGCUCGCUGGAAAACGAUACCAACUUCAAAGGUUUCACCGGCUGA